CAUUUAGUUCCUCAAGGAAGUACAAGUCAAAUUAUCUUGUUACAGAGAGCUUGUUACAGCACAAAAGAGUUUGUAGAAGAGUUUUCUUUGAUUUCACCUGUCUGAGGAGAUUAUUUCAUCACUCACAUGCUGGAUUUCAAACACCUGAUCUGAGCGCUCAGGGAGGAAAGAGAGUUCAAACAGAAGAGGGAGAUUGAACGAGAGAAAAGCCAGAUAUGGAGGCAUUCAGCUCCAAGGAAAUGGCUCUCAAGGCCCAGAAAAAGAUCCUGAGCCAAAUGGCCAACAAGUCUGUGGUACAGAUGUUUAUCGACGACACCAGCAGUGAGAUUCUAGAUGAGCUCUACCGUGUGUCAAAAGAGUACAGUGGGAACCGCUCAGAGGCCCAGAAAGUGGUGAAAGACCUCAUUAAGGUGGUGGUGAAAAUAGCAGUACUUUUCAGGCACAAUCGAUUCAAUGAUGAGGAGCUAAAGCUUGCCCAGAAUUUCCAAAAGAAAUUGCGCCAAGGAGCCAUGACAGCCAUCAGUUUCCACGAGGUAGAUUUCACAUUUGACAAGGCGGUUAUGUCGGGGAUCCUGAAAGAAAGUCGGGACAUGCUUUUGAAGCUUGUAAAUACUCACCUCACAGCAAAAUCCCACGGACGCAUCAAUCACGUCUUCAACCAUUACGCUGACCCUGAGCUCCUCACCCAGCUUUACAACCCAGCUGGGCCCCUCAAACCUCACCUCACCAAAAUCUGCAACGGGCUUAACAAACUGCUGGAGAACGAGACGUUAUGAGGACGGUGAUGUACUGACAGACUUUUUAUAGGAUUGGCAUGGAGGGCCACCCGUGAUCUCAAACUGCAUACAAUGCAACCGAAAAGGCAGAACGUGACUGACUGAAGGCAUCGGAUUUCAGUUCAACCUUUGAAACAGUGUUGCUGUGCCUUUAAUGAAUAUUAGAUCAGUGGCCUGAUAGUGUUAACACAGCCACAACCACUGCCUGAGCGAGCUCAGAUCAACAACAACUUUUUUUUUUAAGUUCUGAUACUCCAGCUGCGUUGGAUGGAGGUUUUCUAGACUACUUAUUUUUUUAAUAAUGAUGUAUAAACCACUGGGGUUCUGCCACUCUGCUGUAAAUUAGAGCUCAUUGUAUUGUUCAAUACUAUUAAACAUUUUUAGCUGAAUAUUUACCUCCUAGGACAACAACAUAACACAAACUCACAAACACGUUUUAGUCUCUUCACGCUGCCAUCUAGUGUUACCCUGUGGUUAUAGCUAUGGCAACAAAUCUAAGCUUGGCACUACACGUUCAGCAACUAUAUUUUGACAUGAACAUUUCUGAGGGGGAUCUGCUGUGUUCUAAAAUGGAACAACCACUGAAUAAAUAUUUACUUACAGCCCU